AUGGCCUUAUUGUUGGUUGGUUCAAAUACUACAAAAGAUAAUAUUUACUGUGAAACUAAUCACGUGUCGUUGUUUGGCGGUUUAAUGUUGACUUUACCUAACAUAGCAGAAUCCGUUGAAGAAAUAUUUUAUUAUGAGGCCAUUGUCAAUAAUAUGGUUUGCCUUAUAUCAGUAGCUGUGGCGUUCAUAAUUUAUUUAAUAUUACUCGUUUGGUGCAUAGAUCAGUAUAAGAAAGACGUAUUAAGAGUAAUCACUAUCAUAACUGUAUCAACUACUUAUAUAAGUGUUCAUCGUGAAUAUAAUUUAUGAAUAUUGCAUUACAGGGUGAAAUUAUAAUUCUUCACGAUAGCUAUGUUGGAGUAAAGCACUCCUACCAGAGGCACAAGGUUGUCAGUUUGUCCUUUCUGAUGUCUGAUUUAAUUAUAACUAUGAAGCGCUGAAUAUUAGUUCCUACCAAGGUUGGACAUAAACGAGUUAAAAAGAUAAAAGCCAAGUUAAUAUAGUUAAGAUAGAUUAGUUAUUGAUUAAUAAACUUAACUUUUGAAUUAAAUACUAGCAACACAUGAAAAAUAAAACACCUCUAUCCUGGAAUUAACUUCUUCUCAGCCAUCACUCUUGAUCACUCUUACUACCCCAUUUUACCAGAACUCCUUAACUCUCUUUUGGUCAUAAAUAAUGUCACAUUUACUUGUAAAAACGUUGAAAAUCUUAUCUAACGUUUAUUUUCUUUUAAAAACAUCACUAAAAUGACUUAAGCACUUAAUAAAAUAUAGCCUAUAACCUUUUGGCGACGAUAAGUAAUUGAAUUAAAGAAGUUUUAACAAAAUCAAAUAUUAUCAAUAUUUUUGAUGACCUUUAAACAAACCUCUUUAUAAUAGUAAUAUUUACUAAAUUUUUAAAAUUAAUAUUCCAAUUAUUUUUAUUUUCAGUAAAAGUCAAAAUUAUCAAACAUAUAUUGAAUAUCAAGGAAGAGAAGAAAAUAAUGAUGAUGAGACAAAAAGUACUUAUGCUAUUGAGUAUUACUUAGUUUGCUUAAUUUAUUGAAAAACGAAAAGUUAUAAUUUAGUUUUUAUACUACAUUUUUAUGUACAAUUCUUUAUAUUGUCUCUUCCUCUCGUUCACAUUGAUUAAAACUAUUUGGGAUCGGUCGCCCUUGUUCUAAACUUUCACUUUAUCUAUUCUCUCACCGCGAAUACAACAACGACUGACUCUUAUCAUUCAUUCAACCAUUCUUUUUCGAUCUUUCUGUUUACGUUUAUUUUUAUUAAAAUGAUUACUGUUUCAUAUUCUUCACUCACAAUGACAUACCUAAACGAACUCAAUUUAUUUUUUCUCAUUUUGUCUUCUGUCAAAGUUAUGUUCAAGCUACCUUUCAUAUACUGAUUUCUUUAUCCUAUCUUCUCUCUUCACUAAACUCAUCUACCUAAGUAUUUUUAUCUCUGCUAUAAUCGUUCACAGCAUUCUGAAUAAUACAACAUAGUUUAUCUCACCACACUUUUGUAGAACUUAACUCUAAGUCUUAUAGGAAUUAUCUUGUCACAAAAUUCAUCAGACCCUUCUAUCAACUUUAUCCAACCACAUUUAAUUCUAUAUUUCACAUCUUCAUUAAAGCUACCAGUUUUUGUGUAAAAGAUCCUAGGUACUUAAUACUCUCAAUCUCGUCUAUUACAUCACCGCUUAUUGUCGUUGCUCUAUUCCUACAAACGUAUACUCUGUUUUUCUUUUAUUAAUCAUUAGUCUCUUUCCCUCAAAUGGUACUACUAUUACUGUAGUAAUCUACAGUAGUCUACCUUAUUGUUAACUUAUUCCAGAUUUCCUUUGAGUAUAGCUAUAUCAUAUGCAAACAUUAUGCACUAUGGUAUCUCCUCUCAUUUGUUAUCCCUACGCACAUACGUGAUAAGAUAAUCCAUCAAUUUAGAACAUCUUAUACUCUUUGAUAAAAUUUUACACCGGUUGUCGACCUGAUGCUAUCUGGCAACAUUUUUCACCUCUUAAAACAAGUAGAGGUACCGUGGGGGUAUACUAAUCCCCUGUUAAUUUGAAAUUAAAAAUUGUUAUAAAGUUUCAAUUAACUAAUUAAUUAUUAAAUUGUGUUUAGUUUUAAUUUUGUAAUUUAUUAAAUAUAAUAUGCGUUCUGAGUAUGAUUUAUAAAUGAAGAUCGGUGUAUCAUUGAUUAAAACCAAAAAUAAGUUGCUUCUAUAUCUAAACAUUGUUUAGUAAAACAUGAUAUUCAAAGUUUUUGAAUUUGUUAUUUUAGAAAACAUGA